CAGGCUCUGUACUGUCAGCAUGGACCCUGAUGUGGGCCUUGAACUCAUGAACUGUGACAUGACCCGAGCAGAAGUCUGACACCUAACUGAGCCACCCAGGUGCCGUGGAGAAGCCAUGGAGCUGACCAGCAAGAAGAAGCUGCACGCCCUGUCCCUGGCCGAGAAGAUCCAGGUGCUGGAACUGCUGGAUGAGUCCAAGAUGUCCCAGUCGGAGGUGGCCCGGCGCUUCCAGGUCUCCCAGCCCCAGAUCUCACGCAUCUGCAAGAAUAAGGAGAAGCUGCUGGCGGACUGGUGCAGCGGCACGGCCAACCGGGAGCGCAAGCGCAAGCGGGAGUCCAAGUACAGCGGGAUUGACGAGGCCCUGCUCUGCUGGUACCACAUCGCCCGGGCCAAGGCCUGGGACGUGACGGGGCCCAUGCUGCUCCACAAAGCCAAGGAGCUGGCCGACAUCAUGGGCCAGGAUUUCGUCCCCAGCAUUGGCUGGCUGGUCCGCUGGAAACGCCGCAACAAUGUGGGCUUCGGGGCCCGGCACGUACUGGCGCCUCCGUUCCCCCCCGAGCCACCUCCCCCAGGCCCCACGUCCCAGGCCCAGCCUCCUCUUUCUCUCAAGGACUUCUCCCCCGAGGACGUUUUCGGCUGCGCCGAAGUGCCUCUGCUGUACCGGGCAGUGCCCGGCAGAGGGGGCGCGCGCGACCGGGUGCAGGUGCUGCUGUGCGCCAACAGCAGAGGCACCGAGAAGCGGCGCGUGUGGGUCAGCGGGCUCCGGGCCGCGCCAACGUGCCUCUUCGGGGUCAGCGGUGCGGCUCUGCCGGCCUCCUACCACCCCGACCUGGGCGUCCCCUGGUCAGAGUGGCUGGCCCAGUUUGACAGGGACAUGGCGCGGCAAGGCCGACAGGUGACCCUGCUGCUGGCCGCCCGGGUGGCGGAGGGGUUGGCCGGCCGGCCCGGGCUCCGCCACGUGCGGCUCCUGCCUCUGGCCGCCGACGGCAGCACGCCUUCGCUGCCCGGCUCCGUGGUCCGGGCCUUCAGGACCCACUACCGGCACCGCCUGCUGGGCAAGCUGGCUGCCGUCCGGAGCAAGAGGGCCGGCGCCUCGCUGGCCGAGGCCGCGGCGGGCAUCACCGUGCUGGACGCGCUGCACAUGGCGGCGGCCGCCUGGGCCAAGGUGCCCCCCCAGCUCAUCGGGAGCAGCUUCGUCCGGGAAGGGCUGGCUCCCUGCAAGAUGUCCCCGUCCCCCGACCAAGCCUCCGAGAUGCCGCCGGUCCCCGGCGGGCUGAGCCUCGAGGAGUUUUCCCGCUUUGUGGACCUGGAGGGUGAGGAGCCCGCGUCUGGGGGGUGCAAGGAGGAGACGGGCACUGAGGACGAGGCGGGGGCCGGAGAGGACGGCCUCGGGCCCCUGCCCACCAAAGCCGACGCCCUCCGGGCACUGGGCACGCUGAGGAGGUGGCUGGAGUGCAACGGCACCUCCCCUGAGCUCUUUGAAAAAUUCUACGCCUGCGAGGAGGAGGUGGAGCGUCUCUGCGGCUCGUGAGGGGCCCCCCCCUUGCUGCUGGCCGGGCUCCCCCCCCCUCCUGUUUCCCAUGGAAACGCCCUCGCUAGGAAGGCGGGCUGGAGGCUGGGCUCUUUCCCGUGGAAAUGGAGCUUCGGGAGAGGUGUGGAAGGGAGACAAGCGGUGGAGACCGAGUCGAAGGCCGGAGAGAAGGUCGCCCCAGCCUCCAGAAGAGGGUUCUGAAGAUGGGGCGCGCGGGGCGGGGUGUGAGGCUAGCGUGUCGUUUCUCAACCUCCAGGGAGGCCGGGACCUGGGAAGGAAGAAUUGAGGCUUUACGGACAGGCCGAUCCCUGGAACUCUGUGUCGGAAACAGGUCUGCUUCUGGAAAUAAAGUUUUUUAAUCAGAAGAGAGGUCGGGGUGUCGUUUUCAUGGAAAAGGGGCGAAA